CCACUCACCAGUUGAUGAGCUGGUUUGUUUGCUUUGUUUUGUUUGCCUCUUGCAACAUUUUGUCCUGACUCACUGCUGGGAACAAAUAUACUCAACAUUGUAUAAAACUAACACCAGGUCCAAAACACAGGCAGUUCUACUGUGCCUUUCAGUGUUUAAAGAUGAAGUUGUUGCUGCUCCUGACCUUCACUGCACUGGCUGAAUUACGUUACCAAAAAAGAGGCUCCCACUCCUGCCCAGAUCUGUGCUCCUGCAGAGGUGGAGUGGUGGAGUGCAGCCAAAUCUCCCUCACACAUUUCCCCACGGAUGGUUUAUCCCCCAACACUACUCGACUGUCUAUCCAGUCCACCAAACUCAGCACUGUUACAGCCAGUCAUUUGAGCACUCUGCCACUUUUAAAUUACCUCCAGCUGUAUCACAACAACCUGACGAGCCUUCCCUCAGAUCUGCUGAGGGGCGUUCUUUAUUUAAGCACAUUGGAUCUCACAGGUAAUCGGCUGAAUCAUCUGCCUCAAAAUGUCUUCAGCCAUGCCUUUCUGCAUAGUCUGGUCCUCAAGAAUAAUCAGAUUGAGAAGGUAGAUGCUGAGUGGUUUUCCGUCAACAGCAGCCUGACGUGGCUGGACUUGUCCGGGAACCGUUUAACCGGCGUCCCGUCCGCUUUGCUUCAGAGGCUGCCCAACAUCCAGAACCUAGACUUGAGUCAUAACAGUCUGCAAGAGCUACAACUUAAUGCCCUGGAGAAUCUGCACCACCUGGAGACGCUGAACCUCGCCGGGAACAAGUUGACCUCCCUGAAACCUACAACUUUCACCCAAAAUCUGAAACUGUCCCAGCUGUUUCUGCAGGAGAAUCAGCUCAGAGAUCUUCCAGCGACCCUCCUCCAAGGUCUCCAGAACCUUGAAAUGUUGCUGCUGAAUCAGAAUCAGUUGCAGUACCUCCCCUCUGGUUUUCUGGGUGAGACGAGAUCCUCUUUCCAGGUGAUCCUAACAGGAAACCCCUGGGUGUGUGAUGAGAAGAUUGAGUUUAUGAAGAAGUGGCUCACUGCACAUCCUCAAAAUGUCUUCUUUCUGGACGAGGUGAUCUGCGCAGAGCCUGAAGGUCUCAAAGGUCGACAAGUGGUCUCCUUAAGUGACAGUGAGCUUGGUCGUACAAAAUCACUUUACUCACCCACUUUAAUGUCACUUUAAUUAAAACUGAAUGUCAAAUUAAAAGUUACCACUGUAUCAAAUCCUGAAAUAAAGAACCCAUUCCUUUAUUCA